GCCGGGUGGCCGCAGCGUCCCCGCGCGCGGCCGGGCCAGGUAGGAACGCAGAGCCGCAGCCGCCUCGCCAUGCGGCUGCCGGACUGGAGGCCUGGGCUGGGGCCCGCGCCACCCCCCGCGCGCCGCCCCCGCUGAGCCCGCGCCCGAUAGGGCGCCGCAGGCACCAUGGUGCAGAAGUCGCGCAACGGUGGCGUGUACCCCGGCACCAGCGGGGAAAAGAAGCUCAAGGUGGGCUUCGUGGGGCUGGACCCCGGCGCGCCCGACUCCACACGCGACGGCGCGCUACUCAUCGCGGGCUCCGAGGCCCCCAAGCGCGGCAGCGUUUUGAGCAAGCCGCGGACGGGCGGCGCGGGAGCCGGGAAGCCCCCGAAGCGCAACGCCUUCUACCGCAAGCUGCAGAAUUUCCUCUACAACGUGCUAGAGCGGCCCCGCGGCUGGGCGUUCAUCUACCACGCCUACGUGUUCCUUUUAGUCUUCUCCUGCCUUGUGCUUUCUGUGUUUUCCACCAUCAAGGAGUACGAGAAGAGCUCUGAGGGGGCCCUCUACAUCUUGGAAAUCGUGACUAUCGUGGUAUUCGGUGUUGAGUACUUUGUGAGGAUCUGGGCUGCAGGCUGCUGUUGCCGGUAUCGAGGCUGGAGGGGCAGGCUCAAGUUUGCCAGGAAGCCGUUCUGUGUGAUUGGUGAGGCCUGGUGGACAUGCCCACCAGAGUUGGGUCUGGGGAGAUAUGCUGGGACCCCAGCUGCUGGCUGUGGGGAGCUGGUGACUGCCUGGUACAUUGGCUUCCUCUGCCUCAUCCUGGCCUCAUUUCUGGUGUACUUGGCAGAAAAGGGUGAGAAUGACCACUUUGACACCUACGCGGAUGCACUCUGGUGGGGUCUGAUCACCCUGACGACCAUUGGCUACGGGGACAAGUACCCUCAGACCUGGAACGGGAGGCUGCUGGCAGCGACCUUUACCCUCAUUGGUGUCUCGUUCUUUGCUCUUCCUGCUGGCAUUUUGGGAUCCGGCUUUGCCCUGAAAGUCCAAGAGCAGCAUCGGCAAAAACACUUUGAGAAACGGCGGAACCCUGCGGCAGGUCUGAUCCAGUCUGCCUGGAGAUUCUAUGCUACUAACCUCUCACGCACCGACCUGCACUCCACGUGGCAGUACUACGAGCGGACAGUCACUGUCCCCAUGUACAGCUCACAAACUCAAACCUAUGGGGCCUCCAGACUCAUCCCACCUCUGAACCAGCUGGAGCUGCUGAGGAAUCUCAAGAGCAAAUCUGGACUCACCUUCAGGAAGGAGCCACAGCCAGAGCCAUCACCAAGUAAAGGCAGACCGUGCCGAGGGUGCCUGUGUGGAUGCUGCCCCGGACACUCUAGUCAGAAGGUCAGUUUGAAAGAUCGUGUCUUCUCCAGCCCCCGAGGCAUGGCUGCCAAGGGGAAGGGGUCUCCCCAGGCCCAGACGGUCCGGCGGUCCCCCAGUGCGGAUCAGAGUCUUGAUGACAGCCCAAGCAAGGUGCCCAAGAGCUGGAGCUUUGGUGACCGCAGCCGCGCACGCCAGGCUUUCCGCAUCAAGGGUGCUGCAUCCCGGCAGAAUUCAGAAGAAGCAAGCCUCCCUGGGGAGGACAUCGUAGAGGACAACAAGAGCUGUAACUGCGAGUUUGUGACUGAAGAUCUUACCCCUGGCCUCAAAGUUAGCAUCAGAGCUGUGUGUGUUAUGCGGUUCUUGGUAUCUAAGCGAAAGUUCAAAGAGAGUCUGCGCCCAUAUGAUGUGAUGGACGUCAUCGAACAGUACUCGGCUGGACACUUGGAUAUGUUGUCCCGCAUCAAGAGCCUGCAGUCCAGAGUGGACCAGAUUGUGGGGCGGGGCCCAACAAUAACGGACAAGGACCGCACCAAAGGCCCAGCGGAGACGGAGCUGCCCGAAGACCCCAGCAUGAUGGGACGGCUUGGGAAGGUGGAGAAACAGGUCUUGUCCAUGGAAAAGAAGCUCGACUUCCUGGUGAGCAUCUAUACACAGAGAAUGGGCAUCCCACCAGCAGAGACAGAGGCCUAUUUUGGGGCCAAGGAGNCUGAGCCGGCACCACCCUACCACAGCCCAGAGGACAGCCGUGACCAUGCAGACAAGCAUGGCUGUAUCAUUAAGAUCGUCCGCUCCACCAGCUCUACGGGACAGAGGAACUACGCGGCACCCCCAGCCAUCCCCCCUGCCCAGUGUCCUCCCUCCACCUCGUGGCAGCAGAGCCACCAGCGCCAUGGCACCUCCCCUGUGGGAGACCAUGGCUCACUGGUACGCAUCCCACCACCCCCUGCNCAUGAGCGGUCGCUGUCUGCCUACGGCGGGGGCAACAGAGCCAGUACCGAGUUCUUGAGGCUGGAGGGCACCCCAGCCUGCAGGCCCUCUGAGGCUGCCCUGCGGGAUAGCGACACGUCCAUCUCCAUCCCUUCAGUGGACCAUGAGGAGCUGGAGCGCUCCUUCAGCGGCUUCAGUAUCUCCCAGUCCAAGGAGAACCUGGAUGCCCUGGGCAGCUGUUAUGCAGCUGUGGCACCAUGCGCCAAGGUCAGGCCCUACAUUGCAGAGGGAGAAUCUGACACAGACUCAGACCUCUGCACACCAUGUGGGCCUCCCCCACGCUCUGCNACUGGUGAGGGCCCCUUUGGAGAUGUGGCUUGGGCAGGGCCCAGGAAAUGAGUCUGGGCUGGGCUGCUGGCCCCAUGCCACACCCACUCUUGUUCAGUUUUAGAACUGGAGUUCCAGGGCCUUUCUUAAAGUGACAGAGUGACAUAGAGUAGUGUGGGUUGUAAGGAUGCUCAUGGGAUCUGGCUCUCAGGGUUCAUGUGGAGUGGGGAUGAGGCAGGGCUCCUUAGCACACACAGUAACAUUUUAUAGAAGUUCUUUUCCAACCAGGAGAGGGAGGUUGAGGCCGGGCCCUGGGGGCCCUGGGAGCUACCUAUGGCAGCAAAGCUAGCCCUACCUAGUCUUCUUGGGGGACAUAUUGCCCUGUGAGUGAGGAGGGACAGCAUGAUGGUUAGCACCUGUGAGUGGGGGUGUGGCUGGGAGCAAGUACACAGGACAUAGUGGCAAAACAGGCAUGUCUCCUGCUGAUGGCCAGACCUGGAGCCUGUGGGUCUCUCAAUUUAGGCUGGAAGUUCAGAGGUAUAGUAGGUUGCUGGAAAUGGCCCACUCUCACACCUGACUGCUUAUCCCUCUAUCCCUGACUGCCCCAGUAAAGCAUUACCAGGCCCACUGUUUGCGUGUGGUUGGGUAAUGCCCCUCAUCUGUGAGUACCUAGCUAGAGAGCUGCCAACAUCUUCCUCCCUCUUCCAGGUUGUGUGGAUCUUUCCGUGGGAGCCAUCCUUAGGUCAGAACCCUUUUCCUGGAGCUGAGGAAGGGGUGAGGCCUUAGGGACCAAUCUGGAGCUUAGAAUUGAUCCUUAGACUCUCCUGACUUCCACCUCUUAGGGGAAGACUCAACUCACAGCCUUUUCUGUAAAGGUUUCUUCAGCAGGUUCUGGCUGGCUCAUCCCUGGCACUGUAGCCCAGGAGGUAUGAGUUGACACUUCAUGGCCUCUGCUCUUUCCUGGUGUGGCACUGGCCUCCAGGCUGUGGCCAGCACUUCAAGAGAACCACCAGAUAAGCAGACCAGCAUUGUCCUUAGCCAGGACACCUCCUUGCCUGCUGCCCACUUGGCUCUACAGAUUCAGGCAGAGCUAAAUGACGUCUUCAAACUGCCAGCUCUUUCUACACGAGAGCGUGGCCUUUGAGCCUGGUCAAGGAUCCUUCCCACAGAAGCUGGCCAUCCAGUCACUAAUAGGUCCCUGGUCUGUGGCCCCUGGNUGUUUGAGGAAUUAGGACACCUUGUCCUCUACUCNGGUGAGGAGUAAUCUCUGUCCAUCAUGUGAGUGGGCAUCUUGGACCAUCUAGCAUUCAGCUGUAGAGGGAGACAAGGUAGAAUAGAACCCUCAGUUGCGGCCCCAUAAUAUCUGGCCCAGAGGUGCCCAGCAUUGAAUGAUAACAUUUUGGGGUGGGGCCCCCAGACUUACUUGCUCUCAGCUUUCCUGGUCACUGAGGGCAAGUGGUAUAGAGCUUGUGCCUGGGCAGAGCUCUAUCUAUUUCUUUCACCCUUUUGAAAAGUGUAUUCUGGGAGGGGUAGAGGCAGUGGGGGGAGGGCUGUGCUCAGCAGGACGUACCCCAUCCCUGAGGAGAGCUUGAGUCAUGUCUCUGCCAGGGACCUGGGUAUUUGGAGAGCUAUGUCUGUUGUCUGCUGUAACCUUCAUGUCCUCCCUGUCAGGGCUACUAGGAUCUCACCUCAGGGUGCCUCUGUUAGGAUCCAAGUGUGGAGCCUGUCUAUGUUUGUUCCAAUAUGUACANAUUGGUUCUCUAAGGCAGUGCUAUAGUCAAGAACUUCUUGGUAUGAGAGGUGUAUACAGGAAGAAUAGCUAUACACUCAAGAGUCUUCUCUUGGUGAGUUGAGCCUGGGUCUGCGCUCCUCCAUCUCUGUGUCAGGACAGGAAGAGUCUAGAGCAGAGGGACAAACACAUCUGCCUGGACAAACCAACAGCCAGAGCACUCCUUCCUUAGACCUGGACAGACCACAGCUAUCUCAGCCUCAGGGGAUGUGGGAGAGGUUUUAUCUGCCCUACAUGCUCCAUACAGCAUGUCUUGUUUCAUACGUGGCUCCAAGUCCUGUCCCCAGAGCUGCCACAGAUACCAGAGCCUGGUGUGCCCUGAGCUGGGGNUUUGUGGGAUGAAGUAGGUGAAUAGACACCCCCUUCCCAGAAACCCUAGACACACAGAAUUUAUCAGAAGUCCUUCCUUACAGCAAGAACGAGAUGAGGAGGCAUGACUUCUCUGCAAAUGAGGAACACUGGUCAAGUCUGCCAUGUUGGCUACACAGAGGAAGGGAGUCNAUCUCAAGGGGUGACAUAGAAGCCCUGAUGUGAGAGAUGAUGGAGCCCUUUCUUAGGGACAGAUCCAUGCUUAAACAACACAAAUGUCCACUGCCUUGGCAUCCCCACCCGCAAAGAAGCAAGACAGGAUGGAGGCCAAAGGCUCCUACAAGAAAUCUGUGCACUUUCUUGGGUGCACAUGUGACCAAGUAUGGCUGAAGGCCAAUGGCUGCCCCAUGGCAAAANUUUCCUCAGAAAACGUUUGUCCUAACACAUUCCCUCACAUGCCCACCAACACAUGCCCAUCCACUAGACACACAUGUAUAUUCUCAUAAGUGCACACCAAAAUUUAUCACAUUUUCAUAUGCACACACAAGUAUACAUACGACAGGUGUACUUUCAAACAUGUAUUGCUUAUUAUACACGUGCAAGCUCACACACAGUUUGUCAGACCACACAUAACAGGUAUACAUACACACAUGAACACACAUACAAACAUAUAGGCUUAUAGGUUACAUCCUAUUCCACAUUUGCACAUACAGCAGGUACCCAUUUUUAUACCUGAAUAUUUACAUAUAUGAACACAUAUGUAUGAGUAACCUGUAUGUAUAAUGUACACACACAUGUAGGCUGUCUCUCUCUCUCUCUGUCUACACACACACACACACNNCACUUUUUCUCUUGUGUCUUCCUGAUGGAAGCUGCCUAGGCAGGGUGCACANGAAUUAAUGGUGAAUGUUCUAAAAUGGUGAACACUGACUGGGGUCGGAGUCCUGGUUAUCUAGGACUUCUGAGCAACAGUGGUAGAGAGUCCACCUAGAGAUCAUUGAGUUCCCACACUGCCCUCUCCCUGGACUAAGUGGUGACUGGCUGCAGGUACUGAGGGUGUGGCUAGGUCAGGGUGAGGGUAGUUCUAGUUCGUACUGAGGUCCAGACCAGUCUUUGCCUUGGGUUAAUCUUGGUAUUGGCCAUUUCCCAGUGUCCUCCUGUACANAUGCCGGCCUUGUUGUGCCAGGCUGUGAUUGGCAUUUCCUGGCUUGAGUUCCUGUCCCUUUUGAUUGUGGCCUCUGGAAAGCACACUCUUGUCUAACAGGGCCAAAAUACCUGGGCUGAGAGCCCAUCUGCUGUCUUACCUGUGGUCUUGGCAGAUCAGGUGUCCAUUUGAGGUCAUAAGUUAGCUCCUGGUUAUGCUCUCANGUUUAGGGCCCUCACUGGAAAGCCCCAUUUAGAAGCUGGGGAGUCACUAGACACUACAUGGGCCUCCUCCUCGGAGACACUCUGAACUGUAGUCAUCCUCAGAUCCUAGACACAGGAGAUAUACAUCCAGGACCACCUUCCACCUUUAAUUCACUGGUUUAAGGUUCUUUCUCCCCUCGAGCUGGUGGCUCAAGAUUCAGAAUGUNGAAGAGGGGGCCACCCUGCCUUCUGCCUCCCCUACUGGAUUUAUCCUAUAUCAGGGGCACUGUGAAGAACACCCUUGCUUUUUGUAAAAAGAGUUGAGCCCAGAGAGGUCUUCAGACUUUCCCCCAGAUGUCAGACUCUGGGACGGGGAUGCUGUUCUGACACACGNCAGCUGUGUCUUUCAGCUGUAAGCAGUGCACAGAGUAGAGGCUAAUUCACUUGUCCAUGACUCACACCCCAACAUCUGAAGGACAACAUUUAUGCCUUUCCCUGAGGGAGGCCACACCCUCUUGAAAUAAACAUGAAAAAUGUUGUUUGAACAGUGGGGCCCACUGUAUGGGGGCUCAGAGGUGUCUGGCACACCUUGUAUCCCAACAGGGUAGAUCAGAUUUAAGAGUAGAUAAUCUAUACAGGGUACCCCUGAAGUCCAGGCUCACAUGGCUGUAAUCAGAUACUGAUGUGGCAUCUGCUGCCCUGGAGCAGAGAGGUCAGCCCUCUCCCCUGAGACCUCCAAGGGCACAGGAUGUAGGGUUUGGGGAAAGAAGUCCAGGAAAUGUCUGCAGGCAAGUCUGUCUGGCUGUCCUAGGCUCCUGCUGUGUCCCAGCUGAGCUAAGGGGGUAAGAGCUUCUNNGAGGAGGUGUUAAGAUGGCAAUGAAGAUUUCUAGAGGAGACCCAGGUGCCUCUUCCUUCUGAGGAAUCUUCAUGUGUGCUCAGCACAUGCCCUGGGGCCUAGGGGGCCCAGUGUCCCUGGAAGUGAACAAAUUUGGGCCACAGUUGGCUGAAUUUUGCUUGUCUGUGAGGUAGUUCCGGCAAUAUGCCUUGGGAGGGGCACCAGGAAAUGGGGUAGAGAAAAAGGCUUAGACCCUAGGAAGGAGGCCCACCAAANAUCCAGAGAUGCCUGGGUUUUAUGUUCGUUCAGANCUCUGUCUGUGAUGCUGGCGUUGGUGCCCUAGCUGACAAAGGAAUCUGGGUCUGUCCCACGACCCAUCCUGAAGUUCCCCUGGUGUCGAACCCUCUGUCAGAGAAGGGAUAGUCUCUAGGCUGUGUUUCUGGGACUCUCAGGCAGGAGUGCACAUCGCUAGUACCGCACAUCCAACCGGGACUGGCUUUUACAGAGUUGUUGCCUUAAUGUAUGUUGAGGGACAUUCACCAAGGUCACCCCUGCCUCUGCCUGAUACAGACACUGGACUCCAUCUCCAGGUCCUGCGACUGGAGAGGAGUGCUGGCAUGACGAGCUGUCACUAGUAGUCCCACGUGGAGGGGCUCAAAGCUGUGACCCCUUUG